AUGAAAUGUGAUGUUCCCGAGCUCAAAAGGGACAACUACAAAGUGUGGAAGGAGAGAGUUCUCCUUCAUUUGGGAUGGAUGGACAUAGACUAUGCCAUAAGGAAGAUUGAACCCCCUACAGUUACUGAAAUCAGCACUUCAGAUGAAAUUCAGCUUUAUGAAAAAUGGGAACGAUCCAAUCGUCUCUGUGUGAUGUUCAUAAAGACUAAAAUUUCUGCUGGUAUAAGGGGUUCAGUCGAGCAGGUCGACAAUGUGCAAGAUUUACUAAAGGCUAUCGAUGAGCAGUUCGCCACUUCAGACAAGGCAAUGGCGAGCACCCUAAUCGUACAGUUUUCAUCCUUGAGGCUCACCAGCGUAAGGAGUGUGCGUGAUCAUAUCAUGCGCAUGAGGGAUAUUGUGGCUCAGUUGAAAGUAUUGGAGGUUGAGAUGUCUGAAGCCUUCCUCGUUCACUACAUCCUUUGCAUCUUACCUCAGCAAUAUGGCCCAUUUAAGAUAUCCUACAACACACAUAAGGACAAAUGGUUGAUCAAUGAAUUGUUGACCAUGUGUGUUCAGGAAGAGGGCAGGCUGCUUGUGGAGGAAAAGGAAAAGAAAAUUGUGAACUUUACUACCCCAGGGAAGUACAAGAAGAAGGAUCAAGCCAAGGACAAGGGAAAGGGAAAAUACCUCCUCAAAAGGACAUUAAGAAAGAGAUUGUGUGCUUCUUUUGCAAAAAGAAGGGGCACGUUAAGAAACAAUGCUCCAAGUUCAUGA